GAAAAAAAGUCAACACGCGAUUUUGGACGCAUCUCCACAAGUGUCUGUGUUGAGGCUGGGGUCGAGCUGAAUAAUGUGCAUCAACAGGUGUUUAGGGAGUUCAAUUUUCCACUCGUAUACUCUGAAGAUCAACCAUGGAAGAUGAGCUACCGCCUGAAUAGAGUCGUGGGGAGAUAAAAAAACAAACCAAACAAGCAGCCUUUUCCCGGAGAAAAAGAAGGGUCUAGUAGCAGUUUGACUGACGUCGACCUGCGUUCUUCCGACUCCACCCCCCCCUCACCCCGCCACUGGACGCCAUGUCGGUCUUGGCCAAGCCGGAGAGGACCAUUUGCGUCCUCCUCCCCAACAAAGAGCAGCUGGACGUCCCCAUGGGGCUGAAGUCCACCGGCCUGGACGUCUUCAAUCACGUGGCUGCGCUGCUGGGGAUCAAAGAGCUGCACUUCUUCGGGCUCACCGUGGUCAAAGACAAUGAGCACAUCUUCCUGGACAUGGAGGAAAAACUGACAAAAUACUUCCCUAAAGAAUCCAAGCCGGAUUCACCCAAGGGGCUACCGAAGAGGCCGCUCCCCCUGGUGCUCUUCCUCAAGGUGCAGUACUACGUGGAAAACGGCCGGCUCAUCUGUGAGCGUAAGGCCCGGCACCUCUACUACUCGGACCUGCGGGAGCGGGUGCUUCGCUCCGAGUGCCGGCAGCAGGAGGAGGUCUACUUCCAGCUGGCGGGCUACGCCCUGCAGGCCGACCUGGGGGACCACCCCCCUCUGGAGGAGGUGGAGCAGGGGGCCGGCCCCCGCUUCCAGCCCAAGGACUUCUUCCCUCCCUGGAUCGUGGCCAAGCGCGGGGUCCACUACCUGCUGUGCCACGGGCCCAAGGUGCACCGCGAGCUGUCGGGCAUGUCGGCGCGGGACGCCAUCUUGCUCUUCAUCAAGGAGUCGUGCCUGCUGGAGGACGUUCCCGUCACCUACUACCGGCUGCAAAAGGACAAGAAGGAGGACCGAGGAACGGCCCUACUGGGGUUGACUCUGCGAGGAAUGCAGGUUUAUCAGGAGAUGAACAACCUACGUCAGCUGCUGUACGACUUCCCCUGGUGCAACGUCGGGCGACUCACCUUCUUGGGCAAGAGGUUUGAGAUCCAGCCCGAUGGCCUGCCGUCCGCCAGGAAGCUGGUGUACUACACGGGCUCUCCGUUCCGCUCGCGCCACCUCCUGCUGCACCUGAGCAGCUGCCACCGGCUCUACCUCAGCCUGCAGCCCGCCCUGAAGCACCUCCGCCAGCUGGAGGACACGGAAGACCAGAAGCGCUACCGGGAGUCGUACAUCAGCGACGACCUGGACACGGACCCCCAGGGCUGCUGCUGCUCGGAGGGCAGCCCCCGCCUCUCGCGCCAGUCCACCUGCAGCUCGGGCAUCGAGGUGGACGCCCGGCACCACGGCAACGUCUCCAUGGAGAUGGCCUCCGUGGGGACCGCCGUCUCCGCCGAAGGGGGCUUGGGCGGCGGGCAGCGGCGGCGGGCGGAGAAGUGCUUCAGCUCCGCCGCCAGCCACGGCUCCUCCCACACCUCCGGGGUGGACGUGGGUGGAGUCAAUGCCCCCGCGCAGGACGACGAGGAUGACGAGGACUCGGGGGAUGAGGUGGUGGAGUUCGACUCGGACGAGGUUCUGAAGGACGAGUUGAAGAGAAGCAGAACAGAAGAGACUCUGGUCGACGAGCACGUGGACAUGUUUCACCUGGCUGAUCUUCUCCAGGGCAUAUCGGUGGACUUUUCCCCCGUCAAAGACAACGACCCUCUCCAGGGUGAAGGAUCUCCCUCCAACAACAACGACAACCACACGGUUCAGCUGCGCAACAACCUAGCAAAGGUGCUGCAGUCCAGGGCCCCCGUCUGCGUGGACCGCCAGAGCCAGAGUCUGGACGACGUGCGUCUGUUCCCGCCGCCGGCCCUGCUCCUCCCGGACUCCUCCCUCAGCUACACCUUCGGGCUGCCGGCCCCCCAGGACAACAAACCCAAGGGCCCGUCCUCGGCGGACCCCCGCGGGUGCUACCCCCCGGGGUACUACCCCCCCGGGUACUACCCCCCGGGGCACUGCCCGGCCAAGCCCUCCUUCUACGGGCGCCGGGCGCCCAACUGCCUCUCCCUGGACCGGCUGGGGGAGGAGCAGCUGCUGGAGUUUAUACUUUAGACGGACGGACGGACGGACGGACGGACGGACGGAGGCAGGGAUGUGUGUGCGUGUGACGUUGUUGUUGUUGUUGUUGUUGUUGUUGUUUUUUUAUCCAUGUCUUCCACCUCGGAGGCGACGCACCAUUGUGACGUCUUCCUGGCAUGAUGGUGACGGUGUGUGUGUGUGUGUGUGUGUGUGUGUGUGUGUGUGUGUGUGUGUGUGUGUGUGUGUGUGUGUGUGUGUGUGUGUGUGUGUGUGUGUGUGUGUGUGUGUGUGUGUGUGUGUGCAAUAUUAUUAGGGAUGGGGUGGGGGGGGGGGAUGUCUUCGAACUCUCUUCAGUUGUUGACAGAUUAAGCACUGGGUUACGGAAAGGUACAGCAUUUGAGUCGGCGACCGGAAUAUUUAUUGCCUUUUUUUUUUUAUUGUGUAUAUACUUGUAGUAUAUACUACUACACUAUAUAGUUUUUUACCAUAUUGCAUCUUUUUAAAGUUACUCAGAUAUCUUGUGUAAAGCUUGCAGUCUGGAAAACUGAAUUUCUGGUUUAAACCUGGUGUAUAAGAAUCUGUGGGAGUAGUAAUCAAUUGACUGUUUAUAUUGGAUGUUAACCUUUUGUCUGGCCCCAUUGUACACCAACCUUCAUAUCAUUCAAAUCAUAGAAUUUCAUUUUAUUUUUUUAUGUAUUUUAAAGAAAAGCAUUUCAUAAGGAACUCCAUGUUUUUUGUAUAUGCCCUAUACGUUCAUCCAAAGGUUAAUCAUGCUGCGGUAUCUCUUUUAUUAUCAGAACAACAGUAUCUGUACAGCAAUAUUUCUACAACUGUGAUUUUUAUUGAUCUGUUUUUGUAUACCGGUAUGUAACACUGAACAAAAGGCUUCUGCAUUAUUGAGUUACGAUCAUCAAUAAAUUGAAGUUAUUGCCGAAA